AAAAAUAAAAAUCCAAGCAUUGGUGGAGAAGAAGUUCAGACAGAGAGAAAAACCCUUGGUAAAACCCAUAACACGCGCACAACGGUCACCGCUCACAACACCAACCAAUGAAGCGAGUUUGGAAGCUAUCCGACGCCGCCCAAUCUGAGCUCCUCUCCCGUCACAGAUCCUCCGCUGCCGCCACCGCCUCCAAAACCCUACAACACCCCCCCUACGCUUUCACCCUCACCAACUCCCCAAGUUACAGAUUAACCCGCGACGUCAAUGCUCAGACCCACUCCUCCUCCGCCGCCGCCCCGUCUUCUUCUUCUCCGCUCAUCUCCAUGUCGAGCAUCAUUGACUUGUUCAGAGACAAGCCCUCGCCGCAAGACCUGAGGGCCAGGGAGGAUCUGGCCCGGACGGCGUCGGAGUUGAGGGACGAAUUGGUUCGGAAUAUUGGGGAUUCUGAGAAGAUUGUUAGGGUUUUGGAAGAGAAGGGAUGCUCCUCCCUGUGGGAAUGGAAGGACGGAUUGGGUGUCGUUGAGCUUCUGAAUCAGCUGUGUUCGUGGCCUCAAUUGGCUCUGGAGGUUUUUGAGUGGAGAAGACAGCAGGUUGCUAGUAGCACUUCUAUGAGUGCAGAGGAAUAUGCCAAGGCUAUUAUAAUAGCUGGUAAAGCUAAGAAUGUAGAACUUGCCCUUGAGUUAUUUACUGAGGCUAUAAACAAGCGGAUCAAGACAACUUCUAUUUAUAAUGCACUGAUGAGUGCCUAUAUGUUCAAUGGUCAUACUGCUAAAUGUCAGUCUUUGUUUCGGGACCUCAAGAAGGAACCAGAUUGCUGUCCUACUAUUGUAACGUACAACAUUCUUAUUUCUGUAUUUGGUCGUUUGAUGCUGGUUGACCAUAUGGAGGCAACAGUCCGGGGUUUAAAGGAUUUAGGUUUGUCGCCUAAUUUAAGCACAUACAAUCAUUUGAUUGCUGGAUAUGUAACAGCUUGGAUGUGGAAUAGUAUGGAAAAAACUUUCCAAAAGAUGAAGGAGGGCCCUGUUAGUCCCGAUAUUAGCACCCACUUGCUAAUGCUUCGAGGGUAUGCUCAUUCAGGUAAUUUGGCAAAGAUGGAGGAAACAUAUGAGUUGGUAAAACAUCACGUAGACGAUAAGGAAAUGCCAUUGAUAAGAGCUAUGAUAUGUGCAUAUUGCAAGAGUUCUGUGACAGACAAAGUGGAAAAGAUUCACAAACUAAUGAAACUUAUACCAGAAAAUGAAUAUAGACCUUGGUUGAAUGUGAAUCUGAUUAAAGUUUAUGCUCAAGAGAAUUGCUUGGAGGCGAUGGAGAAGUCAAUAAAUGAGGCAUUUGAGCGCAAAACUGCUGUACAUACUGCAGGUGUGAUGCGAUGUAUAAUUUCAAGUUAUUUCCGAUGCAAUGAAGUGGACAGACUUGAAAGUUUUGUGAAGCGUGCAGAAUUUGCUAGGUGGAGAACUUGCAGGUCCCUAUAUCAUUGUCAGUUGGUCAUGUAUGCAGCACAAAACCGCUUAAAGGAAAUGGAGAAUGUGCUUAUUCAGAUGGAGAAUUUAAACAUGCCCUGUACCAAAAAGACAUUCGUGAUACUGUACAGAGCCUACUUAAUGUGUGGUCAAAGAUAUAAGGUGGCACAAAUACGAGGAUUAAUGUGGAAGCAUGGAUAUGAAAUGCCUUUUGAUUCAUUGUUAUCAUGAUUCUCCACAUCACUUUGGUAGAGCUUUUUGGAUGGCAGAAAUUGCGUAAACCUUUCAGAGAGUUUUGCGAAUGGUUCAUCAAAUUCAUAAGACACAGCAGGGGUUAAACAUUAUUCACAGAUGCUAGGUGACUGAGCGUUCUUAUCUCAUCAUCUGGAUGAGUGCCACACUGGAUUCAUUCAAAACAAUAAAUCAGCCAAACAAGGUUUUCUUUGUAAAUAAUUAUUCAUCCCCCCACCCAUCGAACUGACCAAUAAGUUAUAUUGAUGGCAUCCUAUGAUCAUUGAAAGGAAGAAAUCACGGAGCACAUGCUUCAGGUUGCCACUUGAGAAGUGGAAGUGCGAUCUGAUUGAAAUAAUUUGUGCUGACGCAUCUUGAUUGAAUCUGUACAUUAUUUCAUGGACCAAGUGUACCGAAGCGCUGAAUGCCUAUGGAAAUCCAAAUAAGUCUCACCAAGACCUCUAAAGUUUCAAAGAGGGUUGCUGCCUGUCUUCCAUCAGAAAGUUCCGGUAUUUGUGCCUCAAUUUACUGAUGUAUUUUAAAAAGGGAUGUGCUAUCCACACAUUUCAUUUUACUUCUCACACACCCCUUGAUAAUUUCUGUCUGUUGAUCUUCUUCAAUUCAUCCGAUCCGAUGGUCGAAAAUUAAAUAGGUGUGUGAGAAGGAAAAUGGGGUGUGUGGAUAUCACUCCUUUAAAAAUUACGUUGACAGUGAAGAGUUAGUCCUUGCCUUGUUUGAAAGGCUGUAGGCUAGGGAUAGGUUUGGUUUCAAUCGGUUCGGAUUUUUGACAAAAUUGAUAACCAAACCAAAAUUGUUGCUUGGUUCGGUUCGGUUUUCUUCCAUUUUUUCGGUUCGGUUUGACUUCACACACAUGAAACUCCAUACGUUUCCUUGGAUCAUAUUGCAACGGAUGAGCAUUCCUAUCAAUUAUAAUUGUUAAUCCGUCA